CCAGCAAAUCCGAAUGAGCGUCCAGUGAUCGUUCUACUGUAGGGGUCAUGUACUACUAAAAUUAGAUGUAAUUGAGCAUGCUUUUGAGUCUGAUAGAAAAGUCGAUAUGCAUUUGAAAUCACUUAGAAAAGUAUCGUUGGAAAAAAAUAAAAACGGCUUUUUAGUCAAGAUUCUAGAAAGUUGCAGGCUUCUUAUCUUGAACCCAACUCCUAUGGAAUCCGCUACGCAAACUACGUAGCUACUGUCAAAGUUUCCCGCGAAACUACUGCACAUGUAAAUCUGUAUCAAAACAUUUCUGCACUGGUGGUAUCCUUGCACUGGGUAACCCAGCAGUCUCUUAGCACCUUACCAAUGUGAGCAGAGGAGCGGUCGUCUCGUGGUAGUUCAGCAGCCUGUUCCUGAUAUUGUCGCAGGCAUCUAAAAGUCAAGACGGGCCAUGAGUGAGGUCCAGGAUAGGGAUUGUGAUCCCCAGAACUCCCAUGUUGACAGGAGAUGGGACAGUCAGUUGUCAGUCCUCCCAGACAAGCUACAACAGAGACUGAUGCCAUUCCAAAAGGAGGGGGUCAAAUUCGCCCUAUCAAAGAAUGGAAGGUGUAUGAUCGCAGAUGAGAUGGGUCUAGGGAAGACAGUGCAGGCUAUCUCUGUGGCCUACGCCUACAGACAGGAGUGGCCUCUGCUCAUCGUGGUGCCCUCCUCUCUAAAGUACCCCUGGAUCGAGGAGUUGGAGAGGUGGAUCCCUGAGCUCAACCCUGGAGAUAUUAACCUGGUGGAGACCAAGAGUGACACGCUGGGGAUCAGUAGCAGUAAGGUAACAGUGUUGGGUUACGGGCUGCUCACCACAGAAGUAUGCCCCCUGGUGGAGGCUCUGACCAGACAGAGGUUUAAUGUGGUGGUGGUGGAUGAAUCCCACUACCUCAAGUCCAGGAACGCAGCCAGGUCUAAGAUACUGGUACCACUCAUCCAGAACGCCAAGCGGGCCAUCCUACUGACGGGCACCCCGGCCCUGGGACGGCCAGAGGAGCUCUUUAUGCAGAUAGAGGCUCUCUAUCCUAAGAUGUUUGGAACGUGGAGUGACUACGCCAAACAAUACUGUAACGCCCACUACAGGUUCUUUGGUAACAGGAGACAGUGGGACUGUCGUGGUGCCUCUCAUCUGGAGGAUCUCCACCAGCGUCUCAGUGAAAUCAUGAUCCGGAGGCUGAAGGUCCAGGUCCUCCCCCAGCUACCCCCCAAAAUACGCCAGCGCAUCCCCUUCGACCUGCCCAAAGACGCUGCCAAGGAAGCGAGCGGCAGCUUGGAGGAGUGGGAGCGCCUGAUGAGGACGAUGGGUUCGGGGGUCUCUGCCACAGACAACCCCUUCACUGAAGUCAUGGGGCUCGUGACACGCAUGUACAAACAGACCGCCAUCGCUAAGGCCGGAGCAGUGAAAGACUACAUAAAGAUGCUGCUGGAGACUGAGAAGUUAAAGUUCCUGGUGUUCGCUCAUCACCUGACCAUGCUACAGGCAUGUACCGAGGCUGUCAUCGAAGCCAAGGUCAAUUACAUCCGUAUCGAUGGCAGUGUUCCGUCCUCAGAGCGUAUCCACCUGGUUCACCAGUUCCAGAAUGACCCUGAGACGCGCGUGGCCGUCCUCAGCAUACAGGCUGCUGGGCAGGGCCUGACGUUCACAGCGGCCACUCACGUGGUGUUUGCUGAGCUGUACUGGAACCCUGGCCAUGUGAAGCAGGCUGAGGACCGGGCGCACCGCAUCGGACAGACCGCCUCCGUCCAUGUGCACUACCUCAUUGCCAAGGGAACCUUUGACACCGUCAUGUGGGCCAUGCUCAACAGGAAGGAAACGGUAACUGGCACUACUCUGAACGGUAAGAAGGGGUACUUAAAGGCAGAGUUGGGGGAUAAGGACAAAUGGGACUUCCUGAAUUUCGCCGAGGCGUGGACACCAAGCGAGACGACCCUGGCAGCAGGAGGAGUGGUUGACAAUGACAAAGAUCCUGUGUUCUUUAACCAUUUUGAGAAGGACAAACAGCACGACAUCCGUUCGUUCUUCUUCUCUCCGGACGCGGCUAAAGAGAAGAAGAGGAAGAGAACAGAGGGUGAGGUUUGCCUAUCCCCCGUUACCCCCUCAGAGAAGGAGGGUUCUAUAGACGUGGAGAACCCAGAGAACGACAAGGAGAAAAACUACAACUCCCAAGAUCCCCCUGACCUCCAGGACCAAGACUUCUCGCCCCAGGUGAAGAGGCUGCGUCUGCCCACCUCCACCCCCAGCGCUACCCACAGCCCCAGGUCUCGUCUUGGGGGGAAGAGGAGGUCCCUCCAUGGGGGCAGAGACACCAGCAGCAGCCCCCUGGCCUCUCUGUUUACCCCCCGUCGGCUCUCUGAGAAAGGGACCCCGAAACCAAGGCUGAGCCCCAGACCAGGACCACCAGAUCAGGGGAAGGGAGAUGAGUGGAGCUGUGGGGCCUGUACUUACUCCAACAGCAUCCUGCUCCUUUACUGUGAGAUGUGUGAGUCCCCACUCCACAGGCCCAGCACUGCUCCAGAUACACAGUCUACAGGUUCACCUGCUGUGUCCCCAGGCUCCAGGCCUGAUCAGUCCACCCCUAGAGAACACCCCUGGAUCCUCCACUCUGAGUUGGACAGCGAGCAGGAGGACCCCCCCUGUCCUGGUCCUGCCUCUCCCGGGACAACUGAACCACAAACAGACGGUCAACAGAAAGGGCAGGAGGAGGAGAGACAGACAGACGGUCAACAGAGAGGGCAGGAGGAGGAGAGACAGACAGACGGUCAACAGAGAGGGCAGGAGGAGGAGAGACAGACAGACGGUCAACAGAGACAACAGAGAGGGCAGGAGGAGGAGAGACAGACAGACGGUCAACAGAGAGGGCAGGAGGAGGAGAGACAGACAGACGGUCAACAGAGAGGGCAGGAGGAGGAGAGACAGACAGACGGUCAACAGAGAGGGCAGGAGGAGGAGAGACAGACAGACGGUCAACAGAGAGGGCAGGAGGAGGAGAGACAGACAGACGGUCAACAGAGAGAGCAGGAGGAGGAGAAGCUCAAAGGCAAACAAUCACCAGGAGAGAACCAGUCAGCCCCUCAUGAGCACACUGAUGCCCAGACAGACAGUGUAUCUAGUCCUGCUGAUGGUGUUGACACUACGGCCAGUCUCCCCCUGUACCCCAACAUGAAGUUCUGCGCCAGCAAGAACACUGAGCGUAUCUACCUUUACUCCCAGGAGGACAGUCCACUGCACUGGAACUUCCUUCCUCUGGACAUUCAACUGGACAACUGGGAGGACCUGCCUGAAGCCUUCAGACGCAGAGAGAACAGGGCACAGAUAUUGAGGUUUGUCCAGCAGUGGAGCACUCUGACAGCCAUGAAGCAGAGACUGAUCCGCCGCAGUGGUCUCCUGUUCUGCAGCCCAGUCCUGGUCCUGGACCAACUGACCAGCACCCAGCGCAAACACAGCAGCACCAAGAGGUAUCUAACCAAAGAAGAUGUGUCCCAGGCCUCUCUCAGUAAGGCCCAGUGUGAUGGAGGAACUGUCCGCAUGGUCCACAAGGAGAUGUUCUUCACCAAGAGGAGAACCACCUCUAUGUCACGACCCAACACCUCUGCCUCCGUCCCAGAGAAACCAUCUGAGGUGCACCCAGAGCCUCCUGUUGGUGCUCCUGAGGGCCCGUCAGAGGCUGAAGCUGGGUACCUGCAGGUGCUGGACGGUGAGGGUCGACCCUUGUGUCUGUCCUGCCACAAGGCCUGUGGGUCCACCGGAGGAGCCUGGGACACCUGCUUCUGUAGCCAGACAUGUCAGGAGGAGUUCCAGCUACGCUCCAGCCAGGCCUACAUGCGUGCCCGGGUACUGCAGACUGAGCAGGGGGUGUGUCAGAGCUGCGGCCUGCAAGCCCACCAGCUGUACCUGAAGGUCCGCGACGCCCCGCCCACACACAGGAAGGAGAUGCUAGAGAACACCUGGCUGGCCCAGCUGUCACUCAAACAGCUGAAUGAGAUGAUUCGUGCCCCUGUGGAGGGUCAGUUCUGGCAGGUGGACCACAUCCGACCCGUCUACAGUGGGGGAGGACAGUGUUCCCUGGACAACCUACAGACACUCUGCACCGUCUGCCACAGAACCAGGACAGCUCAGCAAGCCAAAGACAGAAGCCAGAUGAAGAAAGGACUGGCAGCCUCCAAGGUGGCUUCAGACAUCACUCGCUUCUUCAUAAAGAAAUGAAAAUUAAAUGAAAUGUUUUCCUCAUCCAAGGAAGGAGGGAAAGUUGGAGGAGUACUGAGUGACAUAGGAAGGAUGCUUCUUGAGUGUGUUGUCAUCUCUGUGAAGAAGGCUACAUGUCACAGUGGGUUCUCAAUGCUGCCACUACUGUCCAUGUUAUGGAUUCACCAGCAAUCCAAUGCAAUGUAGAGGAACAUAGCCUCCUUCCUUUAAUUUCAUCAUGUUCAAGUUGGAUCGUUGAGAUUGUUGGUGUGAAGACUGUUCUUUCAGGGUGGUUUUUGUUGAGUUACCUGAAUAGAUUUAACUAAACAAUGCUGCCUGUAUCAAAUGCAAAUGUUCCAAAUGUGCAGCUACGCUCCUUCCCAUGUUGUCCCCGAACCGUCAGCAGUGAGCCUGGGUUGAUUUAUAACAGGCUUAUCUAGCUCAGAUACAGGCUGAACUGAACCAAGCUGGGCAGGCUGCUGCCUGUUUCAAUUGCCAGCCUGCCUGCCUGCCUGCCGAGCGCUCGCUGCUAUUUUAGGUUGUGCAAACUUGGUAGAAAAACCCUGAUAUGUGUGAUGCUCUAGUUUACAUCUUGACAGGAUAUCACAAGCAAGUGUUGUCCUUCAUGUCCUCUACAUGUAGUCUAGUUGGUAGUGUCUUUAUGUCCUCUACAUGUAGUCUAGUUGGUAGUGUCUUUAUCUUCUCUACAUGUAGUCUAGUUGGUAGUGUCUUUAUCUUCUCUACAUGUAGUCUAGUUGAUAGUGUCUUUAUGUCCUCUACAUGUAGUCUAGUUGGUAGUGUCUU